CAUCGCCACCCACCCCGAAAAAUUUCGUGGACGGCUUUUAUUGGUGGUUUGGCGUAGAUGUUGCGUGUCGCUGAGCUAGUGUUUCGUUUAGAAUACGCGAUCACGUUGUCUCACCUAGUCCCGAAAGCUCACUGAACCCCACCGUCGGCAAUUUGAAAGGUGACCCGCAUGGCUCCAUCUUCGGCUUUCCUCUACUUGUUGGGACUUCUUCUCGUUGGCUUCAGCGCCGUCUGCAGAGCGGAAGUGCAGUUUGCAACGGCCAUAGACAUCAGCGACCUGGGUGAACGCGUCGUCCGUAAGGACCUGUUGCCUGCCUGCCAAGCCUGCAAGACGGUAGUCAAGACAUUCCAGAAUGGCAUUGAGCGAACAAAAAGGAGCCGCUUCGAUGGAGGAGACGUUGACUGGGAGGCCAGGAAUAUGGGCAAGUACUCGAAAAGUGAGAUUAGGUUCAUCGAAAUCCAAGAACACCUCUGUCUGGAGAUAGUCAAGGGCCAGGAACAUUGCAGAAACAUGGCCGCACAGUAUGAGGAACACUUGGAAGAGUGGUGGUUCGAGCAUCAGGACAAGGAGCCCGAUCUGCACAAGUACUUGUGCAUCGACCAGGCUAAAGCUUGCUGCCCGGAAAACUACUAUGGCCCCAACUGCGAUCCUUGCACGGGAGGAGCUGAGAAUCCUUGCAACGGGCACGGCAGGUGCAAAGGCUCUGGAACGCGCAAGGGCAACGGCAAGUGCGAAUGCCACCCGGGUUACACAGGCGAGUUGUGCGACUCUUGCUCGGAGGGCUACUACGAGGACAAGCCGGGUGCCAACGGCACCAAGACCUGCACCAAGUGCGACCCGUCAUGCAAGGGCCCCUGCACCGAGGGCGGCCCCAAGGCGUGCAAGGAAUGCUCCGCGGGCUACACCAUGAACGAAGAGCUGGGAUGCGUAGACAUCGAUGAGUGCAUUGAGUCUGAAGAGAACCUCUGCGAGAAGGAGAGGAACACAUUCUGUGCCAACACACCGGGCUCCUACAAGUGUAUGAUGUGCGACUUUGCCUGCGACGGCUGCACUGGGGACGGACCCGACCACUGCGUCAAAUGUGCCAAGAGCUACGUCUUGAAGGACAAGACCUGCAUCGACAAUGGCGAGAAGUGGCGAGAGCUGCACAUCUUGCUGGCACGCUACGCCACUUACCUCGGCCUCUGCAUAGCGACGUUGAUCAUAUUCAAGAGGAGCACGUCGGUUGCCAGUGCCAUUGGGCUGUGCGUCGGCGUGUAUAUCGGCUUUUCCGAGUACACGCUGUCCAACUGGAAAGACCACAGCGUCACGUCUACCAUCAGAAAUGUCGUGUCGUGGUGAUGGUUAGCUUUGUGGGUUUUCGGUUGUUUUUCCUGCUCUUGCCGUUACUUCGGCAUUUCAAAUCGACGCUGCUUGAUUCUUUACAUCCUUCUUCAUUUUCAAGGGUUGUGAGCUGUUGUAGUCGCAUCAGGGCUGAACAAAAGAAAGCAGCACGAGCGUUCGUUGGCUGUCUUUAAAAGGGCAUCUCAGCAUACUACUGCCAACUUACCGUGAAGACAGUCACAUUGACAACCCACCUGCCCUGCACGCACUAGCUAAUCCAUAUCGCACAGCUACAUUUGGCAUCGAAAGUUUAUGUGCAGCGUGGUACGAAAAAAAACAAAGAAUAUCCUAGCAAGCUCUUCGAACCAUACGGCACCAUGACGUAUGCAUACCUCAGUAAAAGCUUGAAAUCUGAGUACAAGGCUGUGGAGGCUUCAAAAUUGCUCGGCUUAUCAAGGGAUCAUCAAGUCUGCAAAGAUUUGAGGCAUUAGAGGCCAGCUCGGCUAGUGAAUGGGACUUCAAAGGUGGCUGAGGUGCUGGCAUGAUUGGUGGUGGUGAGCUAGAACCCUUUUAAUGUCUUCUCUGUUGAGUGGCUUUGUCGUGUCUGUAUGCUUUUUUUUUUUUUAAGUUUCUGGAGUUCGAGAAAGCCUGAGUGCAGUGAUACUUGUCAACUUAGUUGAGUUUCCUACCAAGCUGCUUGUUUUUUUAGUGCAAUUUGUUGCCUCAGCAGUCGUCUAGAGGCAAUGUGUGUACAGUUGCCGCAUUUUACAGCCUGUCUCAUUUUCUGUGAUCGCCAUUUUUGUCUUUACAAUGUACUGUGCAAGUCAGUCUUGUGGCUGUAAGUUGCACAUCAAAGUGUCUGGUUGGUAGUUGUGAACAACUUGUGUACAAAGACUACGGGCAUUAUGCUACUGCAAAUGCAAGUGGUGACAUUCCAUGUUUACGAGUAUAACGGCGUGAGUACUUGAUGCACUGUGGUUUUCUUUCUCUCUCUCUUACCCCCUUAUCCUCCUCACAUGUAGGGUAGCAUACUGGACGUAGUCUAGUUAACCUCCCUGCCUAUUCUCUUUUCCUUCUUUCUCUCUUUACUCAUUUGUUGGAUAAGAGGUUUACCAGUGUCUUGAUUAGCGUGCUUAGUCUGUGCUGGCCGUGAGAAAGAAAACUACCGUACACGUUGACCUGUCACGUUUCAGUCGGCAUACUUGCAUUCCCGAAUUACCACGAAACUGUAAACUAAACUCACAAACCACCUGCGCAAAUGCAGGUGUCUCUUUUGCACGGAGUGACAGCUUGUAGGGUUUGUCACUCAUUUGUUAGCGGUAUUUUCCUCAACAACAAAAACACUGAGAGAUUUUGUGCAACUGUGCAAAUGCCAUCGGCACACUAGUGCACAGUUGCAACGCACUCCCCUGUUCAACUUCUCCACUACCAGUGAAGGUUUAAUAGAACAGACAGUUGGGUGAGUUGGUUGGGAUUAAUCUUGAAAACAGCACAAACAACACGACAAAGUAAGACCAAACGGUACAGUGCUUGUCUCGUUUGGUCUUCUUUCGUCCUUGUGUUGCUAGUGUGGUGUUUAUGAUGCAGUGGAUAUUUUUCUACUGCGAUGGAGCAAGUUUACGAACAGUUGUCUUGAAGUCCACAUUUAUGUAACGAGAUAGAACUGCCCUUUUUGUCACAAUAAUUUUGACUCGCAGCAGUUUUUUCUCUUGAAAGGAUACCAAAGGGGAGUGACGAUUUCAUCCGUAUUAGGAAAUUGGCCCUUUCAGAAUACCGAAAGCGCCACUAUGGUCUCAAGAAGAUGUGGUAAACCAGAAAGUGCAAAGGAAAAUACAGAUGGGAACAGCUGCUCUUGAGGUUCCCGCAGCGACUCUCUUCAACAUUGUGGAUUUUGACAGCGCGUACUACAUAAAUUAUUUUUCAUUGGUAAAAGUGAAUUAUAUUGCAUUCAGGGUAAUCUGAAGACUUUACAAGGAAUGUGUUACGACAUUUUAUCAAGUCAUUGUGGCAAAGUUAUCAUGAAAGGACUACACUGGCAUACAGAUGCUAAGGUUGUUAUGAGAAAAUCAGAAACGAAACUGAACUUAAUUUUUUUCUUGUAAUAAUAUGAAAUUAAGAGUUUUCAAAUAACAAUUUAUCAUUAUAAACUGAUUGUUUUUCACUUUGGUGUCCCUUCGAGUGAUGAAGAACCUUUGACUUUCUUUCUAGUCAACUUUGGGAAUGCAUGUUUGAAGAAAACCGCAUACCGUUUGUGCAAUGCUACAUCUCGAAAAGCUAUUGUUAGAAGAAAAUCUGCAUUGUAGAUAUGUAGGAAAUGAAGUUCUUUAUAAAAUAAAUGCGCACAUUCCAUCGGAGUGCACAUUUUAUUUGCAUGAUGUGUUUUGCAAGUUGCCUUGUACAAAUCGUGCUUUUUUUCUUCACAGUGUGGAAUGGUUUGGUGCAGUUGCUCAUUUUUAUAUUUUGAGCUUCUCCAUAGUGUGGAAGAUUUCAUGCAGGAAUUAAUCAUUUGCAGGGCUUUUGCAUAAUCAUUUGCAUACUGGCAGCCACAGAUAGGCAUUUUUAAAAUACUGUCACUCGCAGUUUAGGGAACACUUCACACAAAUUAUGUUGUAUUCGCAUGUGCAAUAUAGGACUUUAUAGGGCAAACUGAUUUCAUUUUAUUAAUUCGGCCGAUUGGAGCCUGUGCUUUUACAUGCAACUUUAUACACGCCGUUCAUAUAUUUAACUGAGAUAUGACCUUGCAGAGCAAAACGCAAGGUAGACGUCGCGAUAGAAGGGGGAGGAGUACGUUAGGCUUAGCUAAGCCUAACGUGUUCCUCAGCCUUUCACCGCAAGGCUGUGAUUAGCGCCGCGUAGCUUAGCAACACUGUAUACACAAUGGUCAUAUCUUAAUCUGACAUAUGACCUUGCGGAACAAAAUGCUAGGUAGACCUCUCGAUGGAAGGGCCAGGAGUACGUUAGGCUUAGUUAAGCCUAAAGUGUUCCUCGGCCUUUUACCGCAGGAUUGUGAUUAGCGCCGCGUAGCUUAGCGCCACUGUGUACGCGAUGGUGAUGUCUUAAACUGGCGUAUGACCUUGCGGAGCAAAACGCAAGGUAUGCUUUGCGAUGGAAGGGCCAUGAGUGCAUUGGGCUUAGCUAAGCCUAACGUACUUCGCGCCCUUUUACCACUAGGCUGUUAUUAGCGCCACGUAGGUUAGCGCUUGUAAAACUUGGACUUAUUUUGCGAGAGUGACGUUACCAGUAGGCGUCACGAAAUUAUGUAAUUGACUCAUUUAGCUUAGCUGAGGCUCUUUUUAAGUAAUGCUCUACCUAAUAAAGCAGAAGUUGACCAGGCUUACCAAGAUGCGCAGUUUACGUAAGUCACGGAAGCUGCAAGACAUUUCUCCACAAGAAAACUUACGUGGCUGUUCACUUUGUUCAUACAUGCAGCAAUUAAGAGAAACUAAUAACAAAUGUCUGCCUCGGUGGUACAGUAGUCGCGGGUUCGAUCCCGGCUGCGACGGUCGCAUUUCGAAGGAGGCGAAAAUUCUCAAGCCCGUGUACUGUGCGAUGUCAGUGCACGUUAAGGAACACGUGAUCGAAAUUUCGGGAGCCCUCCACUACUGUGUCCCCCGUAGUGUUAUCGCGGUUUUGGCCCGUAAAACCACAUAAUCACUAUUAUUAAUAACUAAUCAUGAGAUUUUUCGUUCCCGAUUUCAGAGGAGCCAGCGGCGGAGAGCGAAGAGCCAACGCUGCCCGAGUUCACGCAUGGCGACGAACUCUGAACGCGCACA